AUGAGCAGCGUGUUCAGUCCAAUUCACGAGGGUAAUACCUAUUUUUUGCUGAUCCAUGGAAAGUUCUUGCGCAGCGAGUCGGGUAAGACAAUUACCGGACAGACACCAUUCGAUGGAACGCCAACGUACACCAUCCAGGCAGCAACCAAGGAGGAAAUCGAUAGGGCGUACGAGAGCGCAGCUCAAGCGCAGCGCGAAUGGCGUCGGGUGCCGCUCUGGAAACGAGCGGAAGUUGUGCAUAAAGCGGCAACCAUUCUGCGUGAGCACGUAGACGAAAUCGCUACGGUCAUUUUGCGCGAGGUCGGCAAGAACCGCAAGUCCGCGGUCAGUGAGGUGCUUCGGACCGCGGACCUCUGCGACUACACGGCCGAGGAGGGCUUGCGUAUGGAAGGGCAACUCCUGGUCGGAGACUCGUACCCCGGGCAACCGCGCAACAAGCUGUGUCUGGUUCAGAGGGUGCCGCUCGGGGUGGUGCUUGCGCAGGGACCAUUCAACUACCCCUGCAAUCUGACAGGUUCCAAGGUCGCGCCCGCGCUUAUGGCUGGAAACUCUUGUGUGGUGAAGGGUCCCACGCAGGGUGCAGUGUCUGCGCUGUACUUGACUGCAGCGUUCCACUUUGCGGGAGCCCCGCCUGGAGUUGUGAAUUUCGUUUCCGGCCGCGGCUCCGAAAUCGGUGAUUAUCUCGUCCAGCACCCGCUCUGUAAUUGUAUCUCGUUCACUGGUGGUAACAUUGGGCUCGAGGUUGCGAAGAAAGCACACAUGAUCCCGAUGCAAAUGGAACUGGGCGGCAAAGAUGCGGCUAUCGUCUGCGAUGAUGCAGAUCUCGAUCUAGCUGCGAAAUGUAUUGUUUCGGGCGCGUUCUCCUAUUCGGGCCAGCGGUGCACGGCUGUGAAGCUCGUCCUCGCGGUUGAGUCGAUUGCAGAGGAGCUCAUUUCAAAAGUCGUGGAACGCACCCGGGCACUGACAGUGGGGCAUCCCGAGGAUAAUUGUGAGGUAACAGCGGUUAUCAACAAGGCAGCAGCGGACUACGCGGAGAGUCUCGCCAUGGACGCGAAGGAGAAGGGUGCCAAGUUCCUCCUAGAGUACCGACGAGAAGCCAACUUGAUCUAUCCUCUGGUUGUGGACCAUGUGAAUGAAUCGAUGAAAUUGGCAUGGGAGGAGCCUUUUGCGCCAGUGCUGCCCAUCAUGCGCGUCAAAGAUGAGAAGGCUGCAGUCGCGUUUGCAAACCGUCUUCGCUACGGUCUUCAGGGUUGUGUCUUCACGCGUGAUGUGAAUCGCGCGAUAUCGCUUUCUUCCAGUAUUACUGCCGGCACGAUCCAAGUGAACGGUGCGCCAGCUCGAGGUCCAGAUCAUUUUCUGUUCCUUGGUCACAAGGACUCGGGGAUUAAUGCGCAGGGUGCCAAAUGGAGCAUCGAAGCAAUGACGAAACUCAAAUCAAUUGUAAUCAAUCUCCCGGAGGAGGCGUAUAUGGUGGCCAACUGA